AUGGACGUUCUAGUCUUUGGUGACUCCACCCAUGGGGAGAUCGCUGCCUAUGUGCACGAUCUUGUCUUUGUUCGAACCAAGUCACCCUUGGUCUCAUGCUUUUUAGACUCUGUGAGCUGUAUGCUCAGAAGCACCAUUUCGGGACUUCCAGCCCUCCAGCGCGAGACUCUUCCGGCAUUUUCCAACUUGACCGAGUUUAUUGAUCACUAUAUUGCGAAAGGACAAAGAAAUCCAGUCGUAGAGGCUACGUUCCUCUGUGUGGCGCAAUUAGCGGACUACUUGUCCUUUCUUGAGACCGAGGCAGAAAGACCACAACACAACACAAAGAUCAUUGCCGUCUCUUGUGGGCUCAUCGCUGCGGCUACAGCAUCAAUUCUCCCACACGGAGUCAGUGGCGUGGAGAUUGCUGUACAAGCUGUUCAGAUCACACUACGACUAGCGUUGCACGUUGACGCGUUAGCAAAUCGAUUAGACCCCAUCGAUCAGGGAGCAAUUGCAAGUUCUUGGGGCCUUCAAUUUAACGAGUUGGACGCCAGCGAAGCAAAGUCAAUGAUUGAGAACUUUAUUGAAGAGCAGAUGGUAAGGACAUUACCGAGAAAUGACAGAAAGACAUGGCUAAUCUUUAAACAGGGACUGCCAGAGCUUAAUAAACCCUACAUCAGCUCCAUUUGGCCCUCUGCCACGACGAUUUCUGGUUCUCCUGAUAUUCUACGCCAGCUGGAAGGAUGGGUUUCAAGCAAAGGGCUCUCUACAUCUCCAACUCGCAUCUCCGGGCCAUACCACGCUCCUCACUUAUACAACGAAUCUGUUGUUGGUGAAAUAAUCAACCCGGACACCAUACAUGGAAACGAUUCUUCGAUAUUUACGUCUCAGAAAUCUUUGCUUUCAUUGCACGAUGGAACUCCCUACGAUGCAAAGUCCUUGGCAGACUUGUAUGAGCAGGCUGUCAGAGAGAUACUCGGAUGUUGCCAGGAUUUCUCUUCCUUGAGAAGCACACUGCACGGUGAGCUGGAGGGAUCUCAGCAAGAGCACAGUAUCCUCGCCCUAGGACCAAUCGAUGAGGCAAAUCCUCUGCUCGUCGAGCUCCAGGCUCAGCAUCUGGGAGGGGUACAACCGCUCUUGAAUUGGAAAAGGAGUCUAGGAUCUCGCCCUCCUUCAUUCUCAUCGACCAAAAAAGGUGGAAUUGCAAUCGUGGGCAUGUCUGGGAGAUUUCCGGGGGCACAAGACCUGGACGAGUUCUGGAGAGUUCUCCACGACGGGAUGGAUAUGCACCGAGAAGUUCCAUCCGAUCGAUUUGACGCACAAACCUACUAUGAUCCAUCCGGGAAGGGUAGAAACAAAAGCCAUACCCCUUUUGGUUGCUUUGUCGACAAUGCCGGCCUUUUUGAUCCCCGUUUCUUCAAUAUGUCGCCGCGUGAGGCCACCCAGACGGAUCCAAUGCAACGUCUGGCUUUAAUGACGGCAUACGAGGCUCUUGAAAUGGCUGGAUACGUUCCUAAUCGAACACCCGCCACUCAGCUGGACCGUAUCGGAACCUUUUAUGGACAGACAAGUGACGAUUGGCGCGAGAUCAACGAGGCUCAGGAUAUUGACACCUAUUUCAUCACUGGAGGUGUAAGAGCAUUCGGACCGGGUCGCAUCAAUUACCAUUUCGGAUUCAGUGGACCUAGCUUCAGUGUUGACACAGCAUGCUCUUCAAGCACGGCGGCCAUCCAUGCAGCAUGUAACGCCCUCUGGCUGCAUGAUUGCGAUACUGCCAUCGCCGGCGGCAUGAACAUCAUGACCAACCCCGACAUUUUUUCGGGUCUCAGCAAGGGCCAAUUCCUAUCCAAGGUCGGCCCCUGUCAGACUUUUGACAAUGAUGCCGAUGGAUAUUGUCGUGGAGAUGCGGUGGGAUCGUUAAUCUUGAAGCGGGUCGCAGAUGCAGAGGCUGAUCAUGACAAUAUUCUCGGAGUGAUCCUGUCUACCGCAACCAACCAUUCAGCGGAUGCGAUCUCCAUUACCCAUCCACACGCGGGUACUCAGGAAAUUCUCUACCGGAGAGUGCUAUCCCAGGCUGGUAUAGAGCCUAAGGAUAUCUCCUAUGUGGAAAUGCAUGGCACCGGCACUCAAGCAGGAGAUGACACAGAGAUGCGAUCUGUCUCCAACAUCUUCUCUCCCGCAGCCCGUCCCCGGACGAGCGACCAGAAGAUGUAUGUGGGCUCCGUCAAGGCCAACAUCGGCCAUGGUGAGGCCUCCUCGGGUGUCACUGCAGUCAUCAAAGCUCUGUUGAUGAUGCGAAACAACCUUAUCCCGCCACAUAUCGGCAUCAAACGUGAGAUCAACCGAGGCUUCCCAGACCUGGCCGCACGGAAUAUGUACAUCGCUCGGGGGCCAGUUCCUUUGCCUCGCCUUCCCUCUCAAACUCGCAAAAUCUUUGUGAACAACUUCAGUGCAGCCGGCGGAAAUACUGCCAUUGUAAUGGCAGACGGCGUCCCCAGACAGCUGAAGGGGUCAGAUCCUCGACCAGUUCAUGUCGUGGCAGUUUCCGCGCGAUCGCUAUCGUCGCUGAAAGCAAAUAUGAAGCGGUUGACUGAAUAUCUCACCUACAAUCCAAACAUAUCACUGCCUAGCCUGUCAUACACUACGACAGCUCGCCGUAUCCAGCACAGUUAUCGGUUUUCUUCUGCCGUCUCAGACAUUUCCACUGCGAAAGCUGAUUUGAUGCGCGCCGCCGAAGCUGAAAUUGUGCCGGUGCCCACAGCACCCCGAAUUGUAUUCACCUUCACCGGCCAAGGCGCCAUGUAUCCAGGUCUGGGGGCAGAUUUGUUCAAAACUUGCAUGUUGUACAAAAGGAGUGUUCAGGAGUUUGACUUCAUUGCAACCUCCUUCGGCUUCCCAAGCAUUCGAGCUCUGGUUGAUGGAACUGACGACCGGGAAUUGACAAGCAUUCCUCCAACAGUUCUUCAGCUUGCGCAAGUUUCGAUCCAAAUGGCAUUGACCCGUGUGUGGAAAUCGCUCGGUAUCCUGCCCGAUGUGGUUAUCGGACAUAGCCUGGGGGAAUACGUGGCCCUGUUUGCUUCUGGGGUCCUCUCUGCCAGUGAUACGAUUUAUCUAGUGGGGUCUCGGGCCCAGCUAUUGGAAACUCACUGCCUCGCAGGAAGCCAUGCCAUGCUGGCUGUUCAAGGGAAGAUUUCCACCUGGCAAGACUCAUCCUCAUCAAAUCAGUUUGAGACGGCAUGUGUCAACAGUCCGACCGAGAUGGUGCUGAGUGGGCUUUCCGCUGAAAUUGAGACUGUGCAGUCCCUCAUUCAAGAACAGAAUGGGCGUGUCACUCGGUUGAAAGUGCCAUAUGCAUUCCACAGCUCCCAGGUGGAUCCAAUCCUGGCUCCUUUCGCGCAAGUUUGCUCAAAGAUCACAUUCAGAACGCCAAAAUGUGAAAUUCUGUCCCCAUUACUCAAGCGCAGUUUGACUCAAGGUGAUAUCGACUCGAACUAUCUAUGUCGUCAUGCCCGCGAAACAGUCAACUUCCAUGGGGCGCUUCAGACAGCAAUAUCCAGCAAGAUCAUUGAUGAAAAGUCAGUCUUUGUGGAGAUUGGGCCGCAUCCCAUCUGCAAUGGCUUUGUAAAAGCCAUGCUUGGUCCUAAGGUCGCCUCGUGUUCGUCACUUCAACGAAAGACCAAAGCUUGGGAGAGUCUGGCUCAUGCGACCAGCUUGCUGAACAAUAAAGGGGCACACAUCAAUUGGGCCGAGUAUCAUCGUGACUUUGAAGACUCGCAGGAGCUUCUGGAGCUUCCCUCUUACAGCUGGUCUUUGUCAAAUUAUUGGAUCGAUUACACAAACGACUGGUGUUUGACUAAGGGGGCGGGCGACAACGCUCCAGUGACAUCAAACGGUCCACCGCCACUGUCAACAACCUCAGUCCAGCGCCUAGUCAAAGAGCAGUUCUCAGACUCUGGCAACACCCUCGUGGCCGAAACCGACAUCUCCCGUCCCGACCUGAGCCUAGUCUUGUCUGGGCACUUGGUGAACACCAUAGCUCUCUGCCCUUCAUCACUCUAUGGAGACAUCGGUUUCUCAAUUGGCGAAUAUAUGUACCAGAAGAUGUACCCCGGUUCUCUGGUCGAUCACACCCCUUGCAUCAAUGUUCGCAACAUGGCUGUUCCGAAGACUCUCAUUAGCCGGAAUACCACCGAGCACACGAUCAAGGUUGUUGCAGAGGCCGACAAGGCCAAGCAAAGCAUCGGGUUUACCAUCUCCUCUCAAGAGGGAGAUCAUGCUACAUUUGCCGUUGAGUUUGGAGAAGGAUCAGACUGGAUCGAAGAAUGGAAACGAACCGGCUAUCUGGUCCAAGCUCGCAUCAAAGCACUCCGGGGCCCGGAGGAAGAGGAUGAAGUUCAUGUUCUCCGACAGGACAUGGCAUACAAGCUCUUUUCAACCUUCGUUGACUACAGCAAGACGUUCCAAGGAAUGAAAAAGGUGUUCUUGAAACCCGGAACUUGGGAAGCCACUGCCGAUGUUGUGCUGGAGACGCCAAGCACCGACCAGACUUUUGGUGUUCCGCCAUAUUGGAUCGACAGCAUUGGACAUUUGUCUGGCUUUGUUCUCAAUGUUCAGACCAAUGAGGAUGCGAAGAAGAACGUUUAUGUCUCUCAUGGCUGGGAAUCGCUUCGUCUAGCACGCCCUCUGGUUGCCGGCAGAACUUACCAAACAUACGUCCGGAUGGUAGAAAAUACAGGCACUAACUAUGUCUCCGGUGAUGUCUAUUGCCUCGAAGACUCCACAGUGAUUGCUUUGUUUGGAGGAGUUACAUUCAUGCGUAUUCCAAGAGCCGUCCUUGAUCAAGUCCUACCUCGGCCCAAAGCCGUUUCAUCUCGUCCAGCUAUUGAUCAAGGGAACCGGGCAGUUCCCGAGCACAACAGCAGUGCUGUUCCCCUCAAUGACUCAAGUUUGCAAGGAGCUGCCGCCAACUUCUCAAAGUCUACACACCUGCGGCCAAGUCUGUCCAUUGUCUCUCAGGUUCUGACAAUCGUGGCCGAGGAAUGUGGGGUCGACCAGAGCGAACUGGCCGAUGCGAACAGCUUUGCUGAUCUCGGAGUUGAUUCCUUGAUGCAGCUUGCGAUCAGCUCUCGCAUACGGGAAGAGCUUGAGCUUGAAGUCUCUUCGUCCUUAUUCAUAGAUCAACCAACUGUUGGAGCUCUCAAAGAGUUUCUACGGAAUCUCGAGCCGAAGGACUCAUCUGAGGAUGAUGACAACUCACGAUCUUCAGCUUCGGAAUCGGAUGUGAAUGAUAACUCUUCAAGUGCGACCAGUGACUUUGCCGGUACCCCUUUGUCUUCCGAUGAUGUCCAAAUCCCAGAUCGCGCUUGGCAGGAGGACAAGAAGAUGCACCCAGAGGAUGUCGCGUCAAAACUCACUGUCCUGCCAUUGACACUUCCACCCCUGCUGCCUGAUAGAAAAUCCACUUCCUUUCUACUGCAGGGCAAUCCAAAGACUGCGACGACAAAGCUGUUUCUCUUCCCAGAUGGUGGGGGCUCCGCAGCUUCAUAUGCCCGUAUCCCAGAUUUGUCAUCCGACAUCGUUGUCUACGGUCUCAAUUCACCUUUCAUGACUACCCCAGAAGAGUUCGACUGCGGCGUUCCCGGCAUGGCACGGUAUUAUAUUGCAGAAAUGCAAAGACGCCAACCUCACGGUCCUUACAAUGUCGGGGGCUGGUCGGCUGGUGGCGUGAUUGCUUAUGAGGGCGCCCAGCAACUCAUUAGGGCAGGAGAAUCAGUUGAUCGAUUGAUCCUGAUAGACUCCCCUUGCCCCUUGACCAUUGAACCUCUCCCUCUAUCUCUUCACAGAUGGUUCAAUACACUCGGUCUUCUUGGUGAUGGUGAUGAGACAAAGAUUCCCGUGUGGCUCUUGCCCCAUUUCCAGGCGUCGAUCAAUGCGCUUUCAACCUACAACGCUCGUUCCAUUGAUCCUUUCAAGGCCCCCUGCACCUUUGUUAUCUGGUGUGAAGAUGGAGUCUGUAAGAACCCAACAGACCCUCGGCCAGACCCCUAUCCCUAUGGACAUGCCCAAUUCCUGCUGGAAAACAAGGAAGAUUUGGGUCCUCAACUAUGGGAAGCAAUGGUUGGGAUGGCGAACAUCAGGCUCUCGCACAUCCCUGGUAAUCACUUCACUAUGAUGAGAGCGCCAUUUGUAAGUCUAUUACGGGAUUCUGUGGUGGAGCAAGGCUAA